AUGAUUCAUGGCCCAUACGGUACUUUUAAUCGUUCAUCGCCUUGCAUGUCAGAUGGAAAAUGUACAAAAAAUUUCCCUAAAGAUUUCACUAACGAUACAAUCACAAAUGUCGACGGAUAUCCAAUAUAUCGUCGAAGGAAUCCAGAUAAUGGCGGACAAUCAUUUAUUAAAAACAUCAGCAACAUAGACAUUGAUAUUGACAAUUGUUGGGUCGUGCCAUAUUCGCCCCUACUGAGCAAAACAUACAAUGCUCAUAUUAAUGUUGAGUUCUGCAGUUCUAUGAAGAGCAUCAAAUACAUUUGUAGGUAUGUCCAUAAAGGCAGUGACAUGGCGGUGUUUAGAGUGGAAAAUACCAAUGUGAAUGCUCCUCCAGUAAAUAAAAACGAUGAAAUAACGCUCUACCAAAUAGGUCGGUACAUCAGCUCCAAUGAAGCUGUUUGGCGUAUCUUUGGUUUUCCAAUUCAUGAACGGGAUCCAGCAGUUGUUCAGUUAGCCGCUCAUCUUGAAAAUGGUCAGCGUGUAUAUUCCACGAACGAGACAGCGAUUGAUCGUGCUAUAAAUCCACCAAAAACUACACUCACUGAAUUUUUUGAAUUGUGUAAUCGUGUGGAUGAUUUUGGUGCCUUUGCACGUACUUUACUCUAUUCACAAGUACCACGCUAUUUCACAUUGGCUCAAACAAAACAAUGGAUACCCCGCAAGCAAGGCUCACCAGUUGAUGCAUGCCCCAAUUUAUUCAAAUCAAACGCCUUGGGGCGAGUAUUUACAGUGAAUCCAAGACAGACUGAGUGCUUUUAUCUUCGACUAUUGUUGGUUAAUGUUACUGGCCCAUUGUCAUUUCAAGAUAUACGUAAAGUGAAUGGGCAACAGUAUACAACGUAUAAAGAUGCAUGCCUUGCACUCGGCUUGCUAGAAGAUGACAAUCAGUGGGAAUGUAUGCUUGCUGAAGCAGCAUUGAACUGUACAGCAAUACAAAUUCAUCUACUAUUCGCUGUAGUGUUGACUACAUGUUUUCCAGCCCGAGCAGAGAUAUUGUGGGAUAAUCACAAAGAUUCAAUGACUGAUGAUAUAUUGCAUCAACAUCGUACACGGUGUAAAGAUCUAGCGAUAACAUUCAGCGACGAUAUGUACAAUGAAGCAUUGAUUGCUAUUGAGGAUCUUUGCAUUAUCAUUGCCAACUUACCACUCAGUCAUUUCGGUAUGAAUUCGCCAAAUCGAGGUGCAACUGAUUUAAUGAACACUGAAAUGAAUCGUGAAAUGCAGUACAACACUGUAGAAACGGCGGCGAUUGUUACUCGCAAUGUCCCACUAAUGAAUGAGGAACAAAGAACCAUUUACGACCGCAUUAUGCUCGCAGUUUCAGCAGGACAAGGUGUGUUCUUCUUUUUAGAUGCACCAGGUGGAACUGGCAAGACAUUUCUUAUUUCGCUAAUUCUCGCCAAAAUACGAUCCAAUAAUGGCAUCGCAUUGGCCGUUGCAUCAUCGGGCAUUGCGACAACUUUAUUGGAUGGAGGCAGAACAGCUCAUUCAGAAAGGAGAGUGACAUCACCUGGUAUGGUGAUCCCCGUACUAAUACUGCACGGAGGGAAUACCAAUUAUGCAGAUGAGUCUAGUCCGUUUGUAUCAUAUGGUUGUCUAACUGACAGACACAGUUCCUCAGUAUUAAUCAGAGACAACUCGAACGCUACUGCUAUCACUGCCUCUAGUCUCUACUCUGUCUCUAUGCACGAGACCAGUACUCCAGUACCAAGCAACAAGAUACAGACACUCAGGACAGAAACGCGAGUACCUAGUAAUUAG